AUGGGUGAAACAGCUGUGAAGGUUGUUCUUCUUGGUAACUCAGCCGUCGGCAAAACUACCCUUGUUACGAGAUGGACUGAAGAUCGUUACGACGGAAGUUCCCAACCUACCAUUGGUGCCGCAUAUAAAAGUGUAACAUUAGAAUUUGAUGAUGGUAAAACAUAUUCAAUGAAUAUUUGGGAUACAGCUGGCCAAGAUGAAUACAGAAGUACAACUUCAAUUUAUUGCAGAGAUGCAAAAGCAGCCAUGAUCGUAUUCGACUUAACCGAUCGCUCAUCUUUCGAAGCACUAGAUAGUUGGAUUAGCACUUUGUCUGAAAAGGUUGACGUUCCAUUUGUAAUCGUUGGUAAUAAAUCUGAUAUUGGAGAUCGUAGAGCGAUUUCUUUUGACGAUGGAGCUGCGUUUGCUGAGAGGCACCAAGUUUCAUAUUUUGAAACAAGCGCUUUAACAAAUUUCAAUGUUGAUGAAGCCUUCAAUGAGCUUUCUAACGUUGCAAUCAACUUUUUGAAUAACGGCUCAUCAGUACAAAAGGAAGAACCCCAAGAAGUUGCGAAAUCAGAGAAUCAGAAAGUUGAUCUUACUAAGGAUCAGAAAAAGAAGAAGAAAUCUGACUGCUGUAAAUAA